GUGCAUCCCUCGUUAAUGAAAACAAAGCAAGUUUGUUUAUUUUUAUAUAUUGUUAAAAAAAAAAGAAAAGAGUGAUGUCGGAUGCGUAUGCAAGUGUGGCUAAAGGCAAACUAAAGCUUAAGGUAGACAGCGAGCUAAAGAAAAAGAAGAAGAAGAAAAACAAGAACAAAGACAAGGAUCACGAGAAAGAAGCGCUGCAAAAGUCCUAUGCAGAGCAACAACUAAACGAAACUCCUCAACCAAGUGGCAGCUAUGAACGCAAAUUGACCAAAGCGGAGUUGGCAACCAAGAAACAGCAGGAGAAGAUGCGUAACAAGCGUAUAAUGGAUAAAGCGCAGACAACACAUAAGCAGCGUGUGGAAAAGUUUAACGAGCAUCUGGACACAUUAACCGAACACUUUGAUAUACCCAAGGUGUCCUGGACGAAAUAAAAAGACCAACAACAAAUUGA